UCAUCUUUUUUUUUAUGUCUUUUAAAAGCCAAGGUAACGGCAUUCAGAGAAUAUGUACGUAAUAUGUCAAUUCAGCCAUUUCCAUUCCCAGUGCCGCUGAAGAACUGCUGAAAGAGUGAGAAACAAAGGCGAUCAAUUGAAGAAUGCAGAAGGGGUAACCCACAGGCGCAAAGCACAGACACAUUUCAUAAACCUUCAUUUUCCAGCUGGGCUUGUACUAUUGGCACUGUGAGAGAAGCGGAUUCACAUUUAAAGAGAAAGAUCCUAACACUGAAGCAGAAAGUUAUAUUACACUCCAGAUAAGUCUUUUGAAGACAAUGGGAAUUUCUGUGCAGAACAUCACAGGUAACACCGCAAUGGUCAUCUGGCCGUCUAUCUCAAGUUGUGCCGACAGCUUCUACAGUGUCAUGUACCAGUCUAACUGGAACACAAUGAUGUCUGAGUACUCAAAGAAGAACUUCCAGAAGGAGGAAAGGGUUCCCACCAGCAGGACCUCCUUUAUCAUAGAGAACCUCACUCCUCUCACUACAUACAUAAUCUGCGUGACUUGCCAGUCAGCCAUUCCCUCUAGCGACCAAUGCAGGAUCUUUCAAACAUUAGGCCAGGAUCAAGCUGUAGUCAACAGCAAGAAAAAGGACUUAGCCUUAGGUAUCUGGCUGACCAGCAGCAUCCUUCUUCUGAUCAUAGCCUGCAUCAUGAUCUACGGCUGCUUGCAUAUAUGGUGGCGGAAACGACAAGAAAGAGCCAGAGAGGAAAAUGCAGUAACCAAUGAGACCAGCAAGAAAGAAGCUUGGACAAAAAAUGAUGGUGUGAUGAUGGAGGAAUACGAGGAAGCUGAACCUGUAGCACUCGGAGACGACAACAAGAGGGAAGAUACCUGCCUAGAUGAGGGCCAGCUAAAUACCAACCCCAAACACCAUUUGAAUUCAGAUAAAAGGAAUAGUUUAAAUUGCACUGAUCAAGAGGAAUUCACUGCACAUCCUCCAGAAAUGAACUGAGACAUUUGCAGUUGCUCUGUGUAUCUUUUUCUUGUUACUUUAGGUCAGUGGUUUAGUAAAGCAACAAACUGUGCAAUGAAAUGAAUGUAUCUUACAUGUAACAUUUAGCCGCCUCAUAUUCUGGCAGACAACACGUGGUCUAAUUAAUUUACAAAUAUAGCCUUUCCUCAUACAACAUAAUGACAAGGCCAAAAUCAGUCAGGCACUCAGGGUUAAAACUUAUUUAAUCACCACCAUGU